AUGAGAGUCGAGGCUCCACGCGCGCGCAGUGAUUCGUCGGGGAAUAGGGAAGAGGAUAACCUGGGCUUUGAGGAUUGGAAGCUCCAGUGCGUACUCCAUGGAGGUCUCCAUGUCUCCAAUAUUUGCAAUUGCACCGGUGAUCCUCAACCCACAGGGCUUGACUAUUGGCAUGUGGCCUGGGCGAGGGAAUUGAAGGUCUGCCGUACCCACAGUCCACAGUCUGUAGCCAGACCGAGCUCGGCUGCAUUGGAGGACCUUCCGCGCCGCUUAGGACUAGGAGCCGCCCGGCCGCCGUCGCGGGUGCGCUAUCUCCAGCUUGGGUCCACCGCCCAGAGCUCUGCUGUGCAGACCUUUGACCAGCUCACUAUUACGGAUGAAAUGGAGCUCCUAGCUCUGGCAGCUCCCGUGUGUAAGAUCAUCGGCCGGGAGCUUUUAGGAACCGUGUCGGCGAGCGAGCUUCUCAUUCGACGUGGGGACCAGAUAUAG